AUGGAUGACGUGCUCAGUGAUUGUAGCAACGAGUCUCUGUUCUGUCUUACUCCUAUAGUCACUCUGUUCGUCAUUGACAACGGGGCGGACGACUGGCGCAUCGCCAUGACGAUGGAGCGAGUCCUGCUCAUCGCUCUGGAGUUGCUGGUGUCUGCCGUGCACCCGGUGCCCGGCGACUUCAAGUUCCAGUGGAGGGCACGACUGGCCUUCUCCUACGCGCCGUCGCAGGCUGAGGCCGACCUCGACAUGGUGCUGAGUGUUCCCAUGUUCCUGCGGCUCUACCUCAUCGCCAGAGUCAUGCUCCUGCACAGCAAACUGUUCACCGACGCCUCGUCCCGGAGUAUAGGCGCCCUAAACAAGGUUCAUUUCAACACACGGUUUGUAAUGAAAACGCUCAUGACUAUCUGCCCCGGGACGGUGCUGCUGGUUUUUAGCAUCUCCCUGUGGAUCAUCGCUGCCUGGACCGUGCGAGUGUGCGAGAGGUAUCACGAUGCACAGGAUGUCACCAGUAAUUUCCUUGGGGCCAUGUGGCUGAUCUCCAUCACCUUCUUGUCUAUUGGCUACGGCGACAUGGUGCCCCACACCUACUGCGGGAAGGGAGUGUGCCUGCUCACUGGAAUUAUGGGAGCAGGCUGCACGGCUCUUGUGGUUGCCGUGGUAGCGAGGAAACUGGAGCUGACCAAGGCCGAGAAGCAUGUUCACAACUUCAUGAUGGACACGCAGCUCACCAAGCGGAUAAAGAACGCAGCGGCGAAUGUGCUGAGGGAGACGUGGCUCAUCUACAAACACACCAAACUGAUGAAGAAGAUCGACCACUCCAGAGUCCGCAAGCACCAGCGCAAGUUCCUGCAGGCUAUCCACCAACUACGCAGCGUGAAAAUGGAGCAGCGCAAACUCAGCGAUCAAGCCAACACACUAGUGGAUCUGUCAAAGAUGCAGAGCGUCAUGUACGAGCUCAUGUCCGACCUGAACGACCGCAGCGAGGACCUGGAGCGGCAGAUGCUGUCGUUGGAGCAGCGCGUGGAACAGCUGACCGCCGGCUUCAACGCGCUGCCCGCUCACCUCUCCGCCACGCUCAGUGCGCAACACGCCGCCCUGGUGCAUCUCCUGCGCGAACGGGACAGCAGGGACUACCGGGACUACCGGGGCAGCGACGCGGGGGCGGUGGUGCCACUUUCCCCUGCGUCUCCUUUAACUUCAGCCUCUCCCAUCCAGGCUACCUCUCCUCUGGCACAAACGCCCACGACAGUGCCCAUCUUAGCACUGGAGCCUUCGCUGUCCCCCCCUCCGCUGAGUCCUGAAGGCAGCCUAGAGGCCAGCCAGACUGCCAACACAUGCACAUCCAGCUGCUGA